GGCGGGGCGGGGGGGGGGACACGACACACACGACUUGUUUGGCCACCGCUUGCCAACAGCAGCUGGCCAAGCCCCAGCCCUGCCCCGAUAACGGUUAUCGCAGCCACCAGCUGGGCGGUGACCACCGGCUGGCGCCCGCCGCUCGCCCCGGGUGGGGUUGGGGGAGGAACGGCUCCGAUCCCGGUCGCCCACCCGCUGGCUGCGCUGGCCCUUUAAAUCUGCUCGGCGUUGCCGCUUUAAGCGCGCUCGCUGUCCCCGCCCCGUGAUGCCCCUUUAAGCGGACCCCACCGCGCGGAGGCCACGCCCACGUCGCCCCUCCGGACCCAGGAGAGGGCGUGGCCAAAGGGCUCGUCCCCCGAGGCCACGCCCACCGCCCCUCUCUUAAAGGGGCAGAGCCGAGCGGGCUAUCGUGCUACCGGAGCCGUAACGCAGGUGCCGCCGCGAUGCUGCUGCUCCGAGCCGUCGCCGGCCGCAGGCUCCCGGCGCUGCCGCUGCCCCGUCGGGGCUCCUCCCGGUUCCCCCCUAGUAGCCCGGCCGCGGGGGGACGCCCGGGGGCGGCCCCGGUGCUGGCGGCGUUGCUGGGCCUCGGGGCCGUCCUGGCCUACGGAGAGCGGCGGCGGCGGGUCGCCCAGGCGGCCCAGGCCCCCUCGCCCCCCCAGUACCCCCGGUACACGCGGGAGGAGGUGGGGCGGCACCGCUCCCCCCAGGACCGCGUCUGGGUCACCCACGGCACCGAGGUCUUCGACGUCACCGACUUCGUGGAGCUGCACCCUGGGGGGGCCGAGAAGCUGCUGCUGGCAGCCGGGGGGGCCCUGGAGCCCUUUUGGGCCCUUUACGCCGUCCACAACCAGCCCCACGUCCUGGAGCUGCUGCGGGAGUACAAGGUGGGGGAGCUGAGCCCCGAGGAGGGGGCGCCGGCCCCCGCCACUGCCCAGGACCCCUUCGCCGGGGACCCCCCCCGGCACCCAGGGCUGCACGUCAACAGCCAGAAGCCCUUCAACGCCGAGCCGCCGGCCGAGCUGCUGGGCGAGCGCUUCCUGACGCCCAACGAGCUCUUCUUCACCCGCAACCACCUCCCAGUGCCACUGGUGGAUCCCGGCACCUACCGGCUGCGGGUGGAGGGGCCGGGGGGCCGGGGGGUGACGCUGUCGCUGGCCGAGCUGCGCAGCCGCUUCCCCAAACACGAGGUGACGGCCACCCUGCAGUGUGCCGGCAACCGGCGGACCGAGAUGAGCCGCGUCCGCCCCGUCAAGGGGCUGGCGUGGGGCAUCGGGGCCAUCGGCACGGCGCGCUGGGGGGGCGUGCGGCUGCGGGACGUGCUGCUGCACGCCGGCUUCGGCGAGGAGCGGGAGGGCGAGUGGCACGUCUGCUUCGAGGGGCUGGACACCGACGUCGGGGGGGCUCCCUACGGGGCGUCCAUCCCUUAUAGCCGCGCCGUCAGCCCGGCGGCCGACGUGCUGCUGGCCUACGAGAUGAACGGGCAGGAGCUGCCCCGCGACCACGGCUUCCCCCUGCGCGUGGUGGUGCCCGGCGUGGUGGGCGCCCGCAGCGUCAAGUGGCUGCAGCGGGUGGCCGUCAGCCCGGCCGAGAGCCCCAGCCACUGGCAACAGAACGACUACAAGGGCUUCUCCCCCUGCGUGGACUGGGACACGGUGGAUUUCACGGCGGCGCCCGCCAUCCAGGAGCUGCCGGUGCAGUCGGCCAUCACCCACCCGCCGCCCGGCGCGGCGGUGCCGGCGGGGGAGCUGACGGUGAAGGGCUACGCCUGGAGCGGCGGCGGGCGGGAGGUGGUGCGGGUGGACGUCUCGCUGGACGGCGGCCGGACCUGGCGGGUGGCCCGCUUGGGGGGCGAGCGGCCGGUGCCGGGCCGAGCCUGGGCUUGGGUGCUGUGGGAGCUUCAGGCGCCGGUGGCGGCGGGGGCCGAGCUGGAGAUCGUCUGCAAGGCGGUGGACGGCAGUUACAACGUGCAGCCCGACAGCGUGGCGCCCAUCUGGAACCUGCGCGGGGUCCUCAGCAACGCCUGGCACCGCGUCCGCGUCACCGUCACCCGCUGACCGGCACCGCGGCACCGCGCUCCCCAGCUCGAUCGCCAGCGGCGGCUCAAAGGUCGCAGCUUUUUUUUUUACAGCCCCCGACGUGUGAAAGUGGCUCCAUAAAGAUUGCGCAGUUUUA